AUGCGUCCUUAUACCCGAAUAUCUGGUCAAUUCACACGAUGCGGCACAUCGUUGCUGCGAAACGAGGCUGGGUUCAACUUUGCGCGACUCGGGCGGCGAUGGAACUCGAAUGGGCAGGUUGCGGGCGAUAAAGUAGCAGAAAGUAUCGAGCGAGAAGGAACUCUUUUCGUGGAUUCGAUAUUUCCGAUACGACUCGGGACUUGGGAUAUUCGACAUUAUCUUUCGGCAUAUAAUCGCCCAGAGGUUAUUAAUGCUCUUAAAGAGACGUUGAGUAAAGUCAAGACGAGUGGCUUCAAAGUCGAGAGCGUCGAACCCCGAGUUAAAGACGGUGGUGCAUUUGUCAAGUUCAAGUAUACGCAGCUCACUCAACCGGCUGAUGGAGAGCAACCGUUGGACCCACCUGCUUUGGAAGCUGAAAUAAAACGACAAGUCAAAGAGUUGGGAGGCAUCAAGUCCUGGUUAGGCGACAACAAGGGAGAUGUAUGGCUGGUUCGUGGCAGGCCAUGGAAGGAAGACAUGCGUCGAUAUGCAAGUAAUGACAUGAAAGUCUACUUUGAAGGCCCAGAUAUCUACCAGGAAACCUUGUACGACAUCCUUCGUCAUUACGGCCAAGUGUCGAACAUCAGCAAUCCUGUUCCUGUUCCGGCUGGCAAUCUUCGAUACUCGACCAUCCAGUUUUCAACUUUGCGAGCGGCGACUCGGGCGCACAACUGCGUGCAUGGUUUCACGCUCGUAGACGAGCCAGCGAUCCCUGGGCUAAAAGGUGAUAACAAGCCUACAAGACUGGCUACAGUCUAUGAGCGAAAAGUCAAGACACAGGCAAUUUGGGACUGGCUGACCUCUCAUCCACGCAUCGUCGUGCCUGUUAUGGUCUUCCUUCUCGGCUCUUUAUCCUAUCUGAUUUUCGAUCCCAUUCGGUCAUUCAUGGUCCAAGCAAAGGUAGUUGGGUGGCUGGAUUACCAUGAGUUCCGCAUCGUCAAAUGGAUAAGGAGAAAUACCAUUGAUCGCUUUAGUUUCUUUGGCAAGAAGUCAAGCAGACAGGAGCGAUCAGGAGGAUCCGGCAACGAGAGUAUUUGGAAGGAUAGAAAGGAUGCAGAAAACACACUCCGCGGCUACUUGUCUGACCUACCCAGCACAAUUGCCUUUGUUCAUGGACCCCAAGGUAGUGGAAAGUCAUCUAUGUUAACUCGAGCUCUAAAGAAUGCGGAUCGUCACGUCCUUGUCAUCGACUGCGAGUUACUAAAUAAGGGGAAGAGCGACGCAGACGUCAUCAACGGUCUAGCAGCGCAAACUGGAUAUUGGCCGGUUUUCACCUGGUUCAACAAUUUCACCAAUCUUAUCGACCUCGCCAGUGUAGGGCUUAUCGGACAAAAGACUGGCCUAUCGUCUUCAGUCGAGACUCAGCUCAAAGAAGUCCUGGAGGUGGUUGGAAAUGCCCUUAAGGGUGUUUCUACCCGAUACCGAGAAUUCGAGCGUGGCAAGGAAAUCAAGAAGGACUUCCAAGAGCAAACUGAGGCGCAUCUUAAAGAGGCUCUUGCCAAAAUUCAACUCGGUACAUAUCAUGAUGGAAGAGUCGACGCCGUGGCAGGCACGGGGGUGACUAGUGAACUCGGUAUUGGGGAUGAGAAGAUGACAGAAAAGGAUGAGGACAAACCAAGGAAGCCACCUCCAGCGGUCGAGAAUGCAGUUAUCGCGACCCAGGAAAGGGUAAUCAAUGCAAAGGAGGCGAUCAAAGAGAAAUUGGAAGAGGAUCCUGAGCCACAAGAAAGCUUCGAUGACACAAGUAUUCCAAAGAAGGAAGGCUGGGCAGGCAGCGCCGUCCACACCGUCCAAGGCGCUGUUCAAGGAAUUGUCAAAGAAGGAAAGAAGGAAGCAGAGAAGUUGAUUCCCGGUCAAUGGAAAGGAGCCAAGGAGGAGACAGAAGGACCUCGACCAGUGCCGACCUACUCGGAGAGGACAGAGAUUGACGAGGAAAUCAGGGCUCUUCCUGUCGUCGUAAUCAAGAACUAUGCGACCAAGACUAAGUUCACUGAUGAGCUAGUGGUCGUGCUGGCAGACUGGGCCGCUGGGCUCGCUGAUGGUGGGAUUGCACACGUAGUGGUCAUGAGCGACAACCGUGACAAUGGAAGGAAACUCGAAAAAGCUCUCCCCGCCAAGCCUUUGACGUCCAUUGCAAUCGCUGAUGCCGAUUCCUCGACUGCCCUUUCGUUUGUCCAGGAUAGAUUGGCUCAAUAUGGCGUCCAAUCGAACCUUACUCGACAACAAAAGAUUCAGAUCGACAGACUUGGGGGCCGUUCGAGCGAUCUUGAGGCAUUGUGUCACAAGGUAAAGAAUGGAAUGCCAGUGGAAAUGGCAGUGGAGGAUAUCAUUACCCGAGGCGUGGCAGAGCUGCGCAAGAAUGCCUUUGGCGAGGAGGAAGAGGAAGCGAAAUCAAUGCGCUGGUCUCCGCAGCAAGUCUUCUUUAUCCUCAAGGCCCUCUCCAAGUCUACAGAACUGCCUUAUUACGACGUCCUUCUCGACUUUCCCUUCAAGGGCGAUGAAGCUGCGUUACGAAGUAUGGAACACGCUGAAUUGAUCUCGAUCACGACCUCGGAUGGUCGACCAUCCACCAUCCGACCAGGACGACCGGUUUACAGAUACGUGUUUGAACGCCUUGUCAAUGAUGAGAUAUUCCGGUCCGUCCAAGACAUUGCACUCAACGACAAAGCCAUCGCAUCGGCAGAGUCUACCAUCCGAGCAUGCGAAGAUGAGCUCUUGAAACUAGAAAAGAUUCGCCCUCUCGACAGUGGCAUCCUGGCGUCCGGAGCAUCGAGGCAACGAGCUGACUUCCUGCUCAAGAAGAUGUACGAGGCGGAGACCAAACUUGAAAAGUUAGAAGCUGCAAACGCGGUGCUGAAGAAGGGGCUCAAGAAACCAUGA